AUGGGUUCCAAGAAACAUAAGAAGGACUCUAAAAAGAAGAAGCACAGGAGUAGGUCCCGAUCACCAUUGGACAACGAGGAGAGAGAACGUAAAAGACAUCGUAAACACAAAGAUCGCAAACGCGACCGCUCCCCAGACGUUGAGGAAGUACCCGUGGACUCGCAUCUGCAAAAGGAGAAACCAGCAGCAGUGCCAGUAAGCAAUGCCAGGAGUAGCAGUGAGGAAAGAGACAGACGUGCCAGAGAACAUCACAGAUCUCACAAAGAUUGUGGACAAGACAGGUAUAGUAAGGAGAGAGAGAAGAGUUCCGAAAGCGACGCUCGCACAGCGGAGCGCGACAACUCUGUCGGGCCGACGACCGGUGGCGCUGCUAAGGAGAGCCUGUCCAUCGAGGAAACCAACAAGCUCAGAGCCAAACUUGGACUCAAACCGCUUGAGGCCGCUGAGAAACCUGCUGAUGAUGGCAAGAUCAAAGACGACUUGGGCGAAUUUUACCACAAACCAGCCUCCAACAUCGCAGCUCAGAAGAAAUCUGAGAAGAUCCGCGAGAGACUCGAAGAACGUAAGGAGAAGAGGAAGAUUGAACAGAAAUUACAAACUAGGCUGUUGGCAGACGAAUCGGACGAAGAGGACGCGUCAGCCUGGGUGAACAAGUCACGGGAUAUCGAAGCACAGAAACGACAGGCUGCACAAAGAGCGGCGAUGCUUGACGAGAUGGACGAGGUGUUCGGUGUGUCGGCCCUGGUCGCUGAAGAAGAAGAAGCUGAUAAACGAGCCAGGUAUACUGCCAACCAUCUGAAGGGGUUACGAGUGGCGCACGAUCUGGAUACUAUUGUCGAUGAACGUGAAGUAGUGCUGACGUUAGCUGACAAAGAUGUACUGGCUGACGAUAAAGAAGAUGUCUUGGUCAAUGUUAACAUUGUUGAUGAGGAAAGAACUAAGAAGAACUUGCUAGAAGCAAAGAAGGCGAAGGCGGGCUACCGCGCGUACGACGACGAGGCGGACCUGGAGGCGGCGUCGCUGGGCUUUGCCCGCCCCGUGCUGGCCAAGUACGACGAGCACAUCGACAACGGCAAGGCAGCUGACAAACAGAAAGGCUUCUUUAUUGGAGACGAGGACGCCUUCGAAGCUAAGAAGUUUAAAGAGAUGAUGCGGCAAGAGCGUCUGCAGGGCGGCGUGGCCAAGCGCCUGGAGAGCUUGCAGAUGCCGCAGAUGCGUAUCGCGGCCGAUUACAUGGACGAGCACGAGAUACAGGCCAAGUUCAAGAAACCUAAAAGAAAGGGUAAAAUGCGCAAGAAAGCGAAAGAGGAGCCCAUAGACGUAGACGAUUAUGACGCCGGAAAUGCACCGCUCGACACAGAUGACACAGAUGUGAAACCGGAGCAGUUGUCGGUGUCGAUAGCGGUAGACGAGGAGGAGACGGAGCCGGACACGGAGCUGCAGGCCGCGCUGGCGCGGGCGCGGCGCCUGCGCCAGGCCGAGCUGGUCGAGCAGACACAAUUCAAAGUGCCCAAGGUUGAAGACAUCCUAGAGAGCGUGAAAGAGGAGCCACAGCCCGAGCAAGUGUCCCAGGGGGGCUCGAUGGUGUUGGACGCCACGGCAGAGUUCUGCCGCACGCUCGGCGACAUCCCCACCUACGGGCUCGCUGGCAACAGGGAUCAUCACGCUGAGAUUAUUGAUUUCGAGCGUGAGGAUAUGGAAGUGGAGCAGGAGGCUGACGUGACCGAUACGGCUGGAGCUUGGAGCCGCGUUGAUGUAAAUAGCGACAAACCGGCCGAUCUCGCUGCAGGGUCGUGCGUGGGUCUGGAGGCGGAGCCGGCGCUGGGCUGCGGCGUGUGGGGCGCGCUGCAGCUGGCGCUGUCCAAGGGCUACCUGGAGCGCGCCGGGGCCGCGCCCGCGCCGCCCUCCGCGCGCAGCGCCCUGCUCACCGCGCGACACUACUCCAUCGAGGACAAGACCUACGGAGGUGAGGACGACAAAUAUGGGCGUCGCGAGCGAGGCGGUCACUCCGGCCCGUUGCAAGAUUUCCGCGAGAAAUCCAGCUUCCGUCCAAACAUCAAGCUGGAGUAUGUAGACGACGACGGCCGCCCCCUCUGUCCCAAAGAAGCUUUCAGAUACUUGUCACACAAAUUUCAUGGCAAAGGGCCCGGGAAGAAUAAACAGGAGAAACGAAUCAAAAAAGCUGUGCAGGAAGGGUUGAUGAAGAAGAUGAGCUCCACAGACACCCCCCUGGGCACGCUGCAGAUGCUGCAGGACAAACAGCGGGAGACUCAGUCGCCCUACAUCGUCCUCAGCGGCGUGAAGCGAGAGGCCAACAACUGA